AUGAAUGGCCACUUUGAAGUACUCGACAAGGAAAUGGCUUCUGCAGAACUUCUGGAAAUUGUUCAAAAGGAUAACCAUUCCGGAUGCCACCAUGUCUGCCCAACAGUUGUUAGGGAGGCCGAUGCUUAUCGUGUCGGACCAGGCAAAGAUAUCUGUUUUGGAUAUUUAUUUCACAUUGGCGGGGCACCGACUGAUGUGAUUGGAGUGGUCGUCGAAGGCAUGCUCACCCGCCAAUGCCCUCUUCUGAAAAAGCGGCUCGUUUCCGCGUACAUGACCAAAAACUGGUCGCUAGGACCGUCAAACGCACAUUUCCACGACGCGGAUGGUGAUGAAGCAAUGGAGUUCUAUGUGAACCACUUCAACUCCAUCAUCCAGCACCACGAAAUUGGGGAAAAGGUGGAGUUGGAGUCGUUCGUGUCGGGCUCCGUCGUCGUUAGAAGCGCGAUAUUGGUUUUAGCCGAAAAGUUGUAGCUAGUCUGUUGCCGAGCCAUCAUUUUUAUGAUUACAAUGCUCUUAUUUCAACACUCCAUUUUCGGUGCUCCAUCACUUUAUCAAUAUGUCCACAACGAGAUUUUUUUAGAGAUGUUCUACAUCCGACUUCCCAAUUGAUU